AUGGUGCUGGCUUAUCAGAUAAUUGUAUCAAGUCAAUUCUUGCAAUGGCAAUCGUCGACGGGUGAUCCAUGGCCGGUCGUUCGGUUCGUCUUCGCGACUGGCCGCAGUCUCUCACGGUCUCACGGUCUCCGACAGUCCGGCGGUGGUCCACAGAAAUGGUGGCAGGCCGGCCCGAUUCCCCCGGUGCCACCUUCCCACAUUCACGCCUCUGCUCGAAUGAGAACCGCCCGCCCGAAUGCUGAAUGCUGCCCCUCUCGUCUCGAGAAUUGCGCCACGAUUCGCUGUCGAUCGUCAUCCGAUGACCGUAUACGGUGGAUCGCGUGA